AACAUCCAACUUAGUCACAUCAAUGGUCAAUAGUACUGCAAAUUAUUAUUGGCAAGCAGAAGCUAGCCAGAGUAAUUCAAGCAAUGCAGUCUUUACCUCAGUACUCGUCGUAGUUGCUUCACUUCUAAUAUUAGAACAGGCUGUCUACAAAUACAAGAAGGGUCAUUUGCCGGGACCAUCCUGGUCAAUUCCUGUAAUCGGUAGAUUUGCUGAUAGUUUGAACCCAAGUCUUGAGAAUUACAUGAAGGGAUGGAAAUUGGGUGAUUUAUCAGCUGUAUCGGUAUUUAAUAUUUUCAUCGUCCAAGCCGCCAAGAAUGAAUACGCUAGGAAGAUAUUUAGCAGUUCUACAUACGCUGAGCCAUGUUUAGUUGCAUCUGCUAAGAAGGUCUUAGAUCCAAAUAACUGGGUCUUCUUAAACGGAAAAGUUCACUCUGAUUACCGUAAAGGUUUGAAUGUCUUAUUCACAAGAAAGGCACUAUCAAGUUAUCUUCCAAUUCAAGAGGGUAUUUACAGAAAGUACUUCGAUCAAUGGACAAAAGAUAAUACUCCUAAGAGCUACAUGAUGGCCAUGCGUGACUUAAAUAUGGAAACUUCCCUUAAGGUGUUCUGCGGUGAUUAUAUCCCAGAAGACGCACAACAAGAUAUUAGUGAUAAAUACUGGUUAAUUACCGUCGCAUUAGAACUCGUAAAUUUCCCAUUCGCUUGGCCUGGUACUAAGGUUUAUAAUGCCAUCAAGGCCCGUAAAGUUGCCAUCAAAUGGUUCGAAUAUGCAUCUGCACAAUCAAAAAUCAAAAUGGCAGAGGGUCAUGAACCAGAAUGCCUUAUCGAUCACUGGACAAAAGCUAUGAUUGAAGCAAAGAACAAUUCAAAUGACGAUACUUCAUCAAAGGUUUUACGUGCGAGAGAAUUUUCAGAUAACGAAAUUGCAAUGGUCGUUCUUUCAUUCUUGUUUGCUUCACAAGAUGCUAUGACAUCUGGUGUUGUUUACAUUUUCCAAUUGCUCGCUGAUAACCCGGAUAUUCUCGCUAAAGUUCGUCAAGAGCAAUUGAAGGUUAGAGGUGGCGAUUUAGAAUCACCAACAACACUUGAAAUGCUUGAUGAGAUGACAUACACUAGAGCAUGUAUUAAGGAAUCACUCAGAGUUAAACCACCUGUAAUCAUGGUUCCAUAUCUCACUAAAAAGGCUUUCCCAAUUACUGAAAAUUACACAGUUCCAAAGGGAACAAUGUUAAUUCCAUCAAUCUAUCCAUCACUUCAUGAUCCAAACGUCUAUUCUGAUCCUGAAUCUUUCAUUCCGGAGAGAUGGUUAACUAAAGAAAAUGGUGAAGCAUCAGAUGCAGAAAAGGCAGCUUCUAAUUACUUAGUUUUCGGUCACGGUCCUCACAAUUGUCUUGGAAAGGAAUACGCUAUUUUGCACAUGACUGCAUUAAUCGGUUGUGCAAGUGUCUUAAUGGACUGGGAACAUAUCAUCACUCCAGAAAGUCAACAAGUUCAAGUUAUUGCUACUAUCUUCCCUAAGGAUGGCUUCAUCGCUAAAUUUAGCAAGCGUGAACAAGUAGCUUAAAGGCACUUACCAAAUUUUUUUUUGAAAUUUCCCACUGGUUACUGAUUUUAUAAUAAACACACUAAUACAAUUUCUUCAGAUAGAUUUACCCACACACACAUUGUAAU